GUAAACAUUGGCUUCGAGCCGGGAGUCCUGAAUUUACCUGAAUUGACCUGAGACACUAUCUUUCUAGUGGCUUCGACGAGGACAGGACGAGACAGGAAGCUGGCGGCUUGUCAAAGGUCCCCCUCUUGUCAUUUACUCAAACAUCGACUGAUGAUUGGUGAAGGUUAAGCCACCCCAAAAGGUGGCUCGGUGGUAUAUAUAUUUUUUGGAGUGAAUGUGAUAUACUCAAACAUUAAACCUUCAGAGUAUAUUAAGACAUACACGCUCGCCAGUAAUGACCAAUAAGGUGAAGUUGCUCAUGGUUGGGCCAACUGAGUGUGGCAAGACGACUCUAACCAAUUUUCUCAGCGAGGCGGGUGAAGUGGGAGGUGGUGAAUAUCGACCAACUAAAGCAAGUCGCAUUGUUGAGUUUGAAAUUCCUAACCUAACUGUCAACAGUAUGACAACGAAGGCUGAAGUUGAACUCUGGGAUGUUAGUGGAGACAGAAGGUUUGAAAAUUGUUGGCCAGCAAUUCAAAGGGGUGUCAAUGGAAUUGUGUUUGUCUACAGUCCAGGGCGGGAAGACCAUGCACGUACCCUUGACACUUUGUAUACCCACUUUGUGGAGCAACAAGGCCUUCGAGAGACUCAAUGUGUGGUAUUUUGCCAUUAUAAGCCAGGAUUUCAAGGCAAAGGAGCUAAACUUUCAAAUUCCUUCAACCAGAUUCCGAAGAUGGACACACAGCUGGACGAGGAGAGUGGAAGUGUUCGGAGAGAUUUCAACCAUUUUGUUGCCUCUGUGUUAGGGCACAUGUCUGCUGUAGCUGAAAUGCAGGAAAACUCAAUUCUUUCAUAAAAUGAGGCAUAGUUUAGGAAGUGUGAUUGCUCUAAAUAUUGCUUCCUCAUGUGUGCAACUUUACACUGUAUCCAUCACAGUUUAAAACUGUUAUCAUAGCCUGUACUUAUUAGACCAUUGGAGAAACUUACUACAAUGUCAUAGUGCUUGAAUGAAGGUGAAGGAAAUACCAAAUAUAUGUGUAAGUGUAUUAAAAAUCUUAUUUUUGGAUGUAACCUACAUCCUUUCUCAAGGUACUGUAUACAGUGUUCUAACAUUGUAUUAUGGUACAAUUAUAUUACAGUACUGUACUAUUGUAUUACAGUACGUACUAUUGUAUUACAGUACUGUACUAUUGUAUUACAGUACAAAUGUAGUACAGUACCUUGAGAAAUGAUGUAGGUUACAUCUGAAAUUUUGAUUUUUAAUACACUUGUGCAUAUACAGUAUAGUGAUGGGUUUUUCCUUCACCUUCACUAGACCAUUUUUUUUUCAUGCAGGUGCAACAAGAUGAUGUUUUGCACUCUUCACAAUGUUCAGACCUAUAUGCAGGUGAUAUUGGUUGAUAUAGUUACGUUAAGUCGUUAAGUGUAGCAGCACAGAUCACAUGGCAUUUGUCUUGAUGCAUUUAAUUUUGUUUUUCUAUAACAUUGCAACUCUUAUCAACAAAUUAUGAUAAUAUAAUUUCUCCGAGUUGUUUUAUGCAUGAGAAGGAAAAUACUGUAAGUCCUUAAUUUCUUUAUUUUUUAAAAAAUCCAUUAGCCAAAGAAGUGAAAAAUAAAGUAUUUCAAAAUAGUACUUGAUA